AUGCGUUCCGGUGCCAAUACAGUUGCAAAUUUACGAUCCAAACGAUACCAAAUGUUGAAAACUGAAGGGAGCACUCAAUUCCGUAUACAUCCUACAAUUCGAGCAAGACAGAAUCAGGUACAUUCUUUGCUAGCUAACUGGUUAAUUAGCAAUAAUUCAAUUAAAUUCAAAUAG